AUGCGCGCCGCCGAAAUCCUCGGCGGGAAGCUGGCCGCCGCGCGCCACGCCGCCACCGCCGCCGCCGCCGCCGCCGCCUCCACCUCCGCCGCGCCGCCCGCGCCCGCCGCUCGCCCCGAGGUUGCUUUUUUAGAGGAUCCAAAAAACUUAACGAGCCGGUCCAAAAGCACCGCCGCGGCGCUGGCCCGGGAGGAACAGGAGGCGGCGAGUCCCACGCGGGCGGCGAAGGCGCCGACCCCUAGGGCGGAGCCCCGGCGCCGCCGCCGCGCGCCCCGCGCCGCCACGCCCGACGCCUGCUGCGGGCUCGACGGCAUCAGCGUCCGCACCGGCGUCAUCUGCGAGGAGCGGCACACCGAGAUCCUCAACCGCGAGCGCGUCAUCAGCAUCUGCAACAUCGACAAGCACGACCUGGACGACUACCUCAACGAGGGCAGCAGCCAGGAGCACGAGGAGGAGCUGCUGCAGUACUUCCAGACGCGCGACGGCGCGCCCGCGCCCCCGCCCCACCCGCCCGCGCCCCAGCCCGCCGUCGCGCCCGGCGCGGACGACGCCGGCGGGCCUUUUUUAGAGACGAGCCAAGAUCCCCAAGAUGACCACAGUCAGGGUAAGAACGAAAAAAUAUCGCAGCUCCGAGAAUUGUUGGCGAAGAAUCUAAAGAACCAAAGCGGAUCAUCGUCCCAGAAUAUGACGAUCGAUCCGGACGCCCAGCUCGACUCGAGUCAGGAGGAUGCGCAUAAUCAGCAAAAUAUGAAGCUGCCCGUCGUCUCGGAGGGGGCGUUCAAACCGCUCGGGGGGCCCGGCGACGUCGAAGCGGUUAACGGUCCGACCGUGAAUCAAGGCGUCGCUAAUAAUAAGCAUUCGACCGUGCACGAAAACGGGACGUCCCUGUCGUACGUCGGCGACAACUCCGGUCAAAUGUUGCCGUCGGUCGGCGGGACGCCCGUGUACAACGGCCACUGUCACAAUGAGCCGCAAAGCCCGACUUCUAGAACGCAGCAGUACGAUUUCGUACCCAUUUCUGAUGGUUGCCACUCGCCUGGAAAUUUCCAUUCCAAGUCGCCUUUGGGGUUCGGCCAGAGAUGUCAAAGCCCGACCAAAGUGAAUAAACCGAUAAUGAGUAGUUCUUUACAAACGUCGCCUAUUUCUCACAGCACAGCGGCCAGUCCUUUCGUUAGCCCGAGAAACACGCCCGUUCCACGCUCGCGUCUGUGUCCCAGACCUAUACCGAAGCUCAACGGGCGUAAAAGAAGAAAUCCACUGUCGCUAGGAAUGGCUGACCAGUGUCCUAAACAAUUUGCGAUACCCAAUGACCAAAAAUUUAUGAACAAGACGCCCAUGUGCGGGCCGGGCAAGUACUGCCCGUCGCUGCAACCGAUGUCGGCUCCGCCCUCUCCGAAUAUUCUGUCCUCUCAGUACAAAACGCAUUUUCAUUGCGGUAAUUUACCAAAUGGUGCUAAUAAUUUAACUUUAAACUUUUUGCCCAAUGUACCGAUGCGGGAUCACAUGAACGGAGAGCUCACACAACCGCUGUCCGCCGAUCCGUUGUCGAGUGAGGUGAGCCAAUUUUUCCAAGAACCGGUCGUCAACUUCAGAUCGGGUCACGACUCUUUCCGGUCACAAUCGGUGCCGCUCAAACAAGCUAUCAACAACCUAGGAUUGCUGAGUUACAACAACACUCCCGUCGGUUCGGUUCCACCGACGCCCGUUCCCAACGAGUUCUGUGAUUUUGGAUCUUUAGCAGAGACCUGCGAUAUAUCGAAAGCGUGUCUCAAUCCCGAAACGUUAGAUAAGAUAUACAACGCAAUAGACAGCAGCAACGACGUGCUCAACGCGGGCGCAGGACAGACUCUCCUGAAUUCCAACGACACGUUGAGUAACGGUUGUGAUCCGCUGCCGGAACAACAAAUAUUGUCCGACGAACAAUUCAACUCGCUGAUUCCGAGCGGAGACGACCUGCUGGACAGGGGCGCGCAGUUCAACCAGAGCUUCAGCAACGACGCCGCGGCCCCGGACAACGUGGACGACUUUCUCAAACGUUCCAACAGCAUAGAAUUCGAUCUGUCCGAGUUGGAAACCGACAAGAGCAAGUACUACUCGUCGCGAUCCGUGCCGAGCACGCCGCUGCCUUUCAAGAGGGCGGCGCCCAAUCUGCAAAUAGAUUCCUGCCGUUCGAGGGAGCUGUUUCCCGGGGACAACUGUUCGAGCGUGUCCAACGGCUUGUCCUCGAAGUCCGUGCCGUCGACGCCGCAGCUCGUGGAGGACAGGCGGGUGUUCAGCUACAGCAACGGGGACUACCUGAUCAACGGGAACUCCGUGUGCGGCUCCGGCCAGCUGCACGGUAUGAUGGACGGCGAGCAGGGCCUGGCGUCGCCGCUGCACGACAUGCUGCGCGAGGAUAUGCUCAACCCGUUGACGCCUGCGCUCCUGGCCGACCUCGACAAAAUGGACAGCACGCCAUACGUCGACCUCUAGUCAGCCGUUGUCCGUAUCGCCGCUUGUACAUACUAGGUUAACGUUAGUCGUUCGUACGGAUGCCGAAAUGUUGGAUGUCUCUAAAGAGUACAAUGUUUAUGUGUAUGCCUUCAGUGAAGGCUCGAACUGAGCUGUGCGCGCCCGAUUUCGGAUCGCACGCUCCCAAAAUUGAGUCAAUAUGUGCACUGCAAUAUGUGAUAAAAUAUAAAAUCGAUGCGAUUUCAAUUAUUAGAAAGUAAGCAAAAGUAAAUUAAACGUUACUAUGAUGAUGAUUCUGACUUAGACAGAUUGCACGCGAUGCAUUAAAGGGAAAGCGUCUGCAAUAUCAAUAUUAUUAUUACGAUUUGAUUUACUAUGGUUUGUUGUAACGCUUCCGUGGUCUCAGAGCGAUACGAAAAAUUUAUAUGUAAAUAAUUUUCACAGUUGUGAAUUUAAUGGCCCGUCUUGCUCGGAGACCACGGGCUUAUAUUAAUUAGACUAUUAUGUAUUUUACAACUAUUUUAAUACUGUUAUUUACAAAAACUCACACAAUGAGGUUGGAAUUAAUAAAUGUAGCGGGUGUUACUUUGUCUCUCUUUAACAGUAUAAAAAAUGAGCAAAGAGACUUCAGCCGUCGCAUUUCUUAUCCUAACUUUAAUCUGUGCGGAUUGUAUGUGUUAUUACUAUUUUUAUUUUAAACAUUUUAUAUUAUUGACAACUUUUUAACUCUAUCUAUUACAUGAUCAUGGCCCUAAUUUGUUAUUAUAACACAAGCAUUGUUGGUAAAACACCAUGAUUUUUUAUGAUAAUAAUUUACAUACAUGCAUGUAUAUAAUAUUAUUAUUUCCACAUUCCUGUGUAAUCGAUGGUAAAUUUUUUAUUUAUUUAUUAAGAUUUAUUGUGGGCUCGAACAGGAUUUCAUAGUGCUAAAAAUUCAACAAAUGUGUAAAACGUUAGACUAAUUGUGACUGUUCUAUUAAUAUAAUAUCUAACUAUUUAAAUUAUUAUGAUAUAAAUCAAAUAUUGGGGAUCGAGUUUUGGUAUCUUUAGGUGCCAGUCCAGUUUGGACUCCAAACAUGUUGGUUACGUGUUUGUUCACUAGUAGUUUUUUAUUACAAAUGACAAUUGUAGAACAAUUUAAAUGUCUCGAUACCUAAAAUGUAGUGCGUUCUGUUUAUAAAGCAUUUGUCACACUGGUGAUUCGUAGUGAUUAAUGCUCUGAAUGUUUAUAAAAAAAUUAAAAGAGAAGAAUGAGCAUUCGCUUUAUUGGUCUAAACUCUAAUGCAUCUGUAUACGCACAUUCGAUUGAAAUUGAAGAUACAGAAGUCGCAUAUUGAACUGUUAUGUGCCUAAUGACAAUAUGAAAGCUCAUCACAAAUCACAUUGGUAACAUCGAAAUUUUAUAUAUACAUUAUAUAUUUAUAUAUUUCGUAGUGUUACAAUCCAUAGUGAUACUGUAAAUUAGCUGAACAACAGUUCCAUCAACAAAUUGUUACGAUUGUAGCUAUGUAGUAUUUAUCCAGACCAAUGCAGCGUGCCAAGCGCGCUUAGUGAAUAAAUUAAAAUUGAGUUUUAAGAGAAAUAUAAAUAGUGUAUUAUAGUUUAUGAAAAUGAAUUUAUUGUAAGUUAGCACAAAGAUUUAAUAUAUUUUAUUAUCACAUAGAAAUUUUACUGAUAUACUAAAUUUACAUUGAACGCAUGAAAUGCGAAGUGAAAUUUUAAAUCUGCCAAUAUGGCUGCAUUGAUUGAGCUUAGGAGACGAUUCGAAAUAUUAUUUGUUCGUUGUGAAAAGGAGGCCGGCCUUAACUAAUGAAGCGACCGAAACGUAAUAAUCCGUAUCAAUUGCGUUAAAUUGGCAAAUUUCAAAAAGUGGUUUGCUAUGUAAUGUAUUAUUUCCUUACUAAUUCUUAUUGCUGACGGAAAGAUAAUAAUAGUUAAGUUACUAUUUGUCUACUAGACAGCAUUUAUUAGUAAGGGGUAUGUUUUGGAGGGAUACAAGUUACACAGGCAGCUUAUAAUUUACAUUAGAUAUUUAAGUUACUUCUGUAUUUUUCAAACUAAACUCGUGGGUGCACUGUAUGGAGGGAUUCCUCGACCUUAUGUUUAUUCAACUAAAUACGGCGUGAAAAAUGAUGUUCGAAAAAUAACAUAUAUCUAUCUCUUUUCUUAGUAAACAAAAGCCAAAAGGUUCUCUUCUCCACACCUGCGCCCACGCAUCCUGAACCGAAUACAGUCGGCCGGCUUCAUAUUGUGGUCCAAAAGAUAGAUUAGCUCCCAAUAGGGUCCUUAAAUUGUUUUGCAAGCUCGGUUCUGACAAGCGAAAGUGAAAACAUUUGAAUUUUACAGUUCCGUUUUGUAUAAAACAGCGCGGUUGCAAAUAGGACUAAAAUUAUUUAAGACAUUUCUCGAAAGUGCAAUAGAUCUUUGAUGUCUGAAAUGUUUCUCAGUAUAUCGGUGGAUAUUUGGAAAGUAUAUUUACUUUUAUACUAACGUUUUUGAGUUAGUAAACAGACAUUCGCCGACACAAAUCUCUAAAAUGGUAUUCUCUUAUGACGGUCAAUCGAUCACAUUCAAACUUAUUGAUUGGUUGCACUCAUUAUUUAUACAUGAAAUUGAUCUUCAAAUAGUAAUACUAUUAAAAAGUUAAAACUGGAGUUAUGAUAGGAUUUCACACAAAUACCGACCCUAUUAAUAUUUGCACAUUACAUUUAUGGCGUCAUUUACAAUUUAAAAUAUUUCCUCUACCUGUGCCUCGUAAAUGAAUACGAUAAAAGCUUAUUAGAACAUUUGUUAUAACGCUAGUACAAAUAACACACUGAAUCGACAGGGAUAUUGCUAAUGUAAGUGAAACCGAAGACUGUUUUAAAGUUUGUAGAUAUUUUCAACCCAAAAUAAUUCAUUUCAAGAUCACUUUGUCAGAGGGAUGUGACAACGAACGAUUUAAGUGAUCAAUGUUAUAUUAUAAUAUUCCAAUUUGGUACAACUUACCAAAAUCGACUAGUACCUAAUUACUCUUAAGUUGUACAUUUGCUAAGGUACAUUUUCUUAUUGUUAGUAGACAGUAAAGCAACGUGUAAAUAUUUUUAAUGUUUAUUCCAUCUCACAUAACCAAUUAAAAUAGAUAAACCAAUAACAGUCAUUAUGUGUCCAUUAUUGCUAUUAAGAUUGUGAAAAUGUAUGACGAUGUCGACUUAUGCCUGAGGGAACCAUUUUGUAUUUUUUUUAUAAACAGUAAGUUACUAAAUGAACUAAUAUAGCAUCUCAUUUACAAGAUAUAAACACGUUACUGAACAUUAUACAAUGUUAUAAAUAAUGCGCUCUUUAAUAAGACACAAUCUUCUAAGAGUAAACACACUUUGUACCUACACCACAAAUGUGUCAAGCUAUCUUUGAGGAGACAAAUAAAAAAAACUAAUGAAUAAAUAAUGCUUUCACAAAAUAUACAUUGUAUUGUCUUAAUAUUUAAUUUAUGGUUCCCGGUUUCUUUCUAGAUAGUUUGUCAAUUUUUUAGCUAGCAGGAUUGUGUUAAAGUUUUAUACAUAAUCAAUGGUACAACCAUACAUGUACUAUAACUAACUACGAUAACCCUUAUGAAUUUCGAGGGUCUACUAAUCGUAAGUGGACUCUAGUAAUAAUCGAGAUUUGUGUAAAAAAACCUGAAAAAUAGUUAUUGUAAUUUGUAAUCACACAUCACAAUAAUCAUUAACAUAACAAUCAAUGUAUACUUAUAUAAAUGAGUGUUUGAUGUUUUGGAUUAAAUUAACAUUGAAUUAAAUGCACGGAAAAUUAUAAAUAGAUUGUAUUUGUGUUAUAAGAUUUAUUGUUAAUUAUUACAAUAAGAAUUUAAAUGGAACCGACUAUCAGUAACAUAAUGGAGAUUUUUCUUUAGUAAAAUCAAAACAUUGUUGUGUAAAUACAAAUAUGGAAUUUAGAUGUAUUAUAACAUGACACCCUUUAAUUUUAUUACAAAUAUGUUGUUCUGUUAAUUAUUGUUUUUAUUUCUAAAUAUUUUUUAUAAUUGUAUGAUAACAAAAAUAGUUUUUAAUUCUAAUUGUUAAGUGAAGAUAUCCAUGUUGUUGAUUAGUCUUUUAUGGAUGUUGAUUUACACCAUUUGCUAUGCAGUGAUAAUAAAUGGUACCAUAGAAAA